AUGCCAAGAGGAAGGUCCCAUCGUCAUGCCGGAACUGCAGCCACUUACACUGAGGGGGGGUCUGACAAUCCAUGUUUCUCGUACCAGCCUCCAUCUGCUUCCAACGCCGAGUACGAGGAUAUGGUGCUCACCUUUGAGGAAGGCGAGAUAGACUAUAAUUACCAGGACAGCUCUGAAAGCAGCGGCAAGCCUGGUGCUACAAAGAGGAAGAAAAGUGUCAAGUCGAACUCUUGCCUCGAUUUGACAGGGCCAAUGGAGGUGGACGGUUCUGUCAAGGCUAUGGGCUCUGUCAGCUUUGUCGGAGAAUUCUCUGUUCGGGACAGAGUUGAAGCAUACGGGAACAUUGCUGUCAGCGGAAAUCUGACAUGCAGCGGCAAGAUCAAGUCGUUUGGAAAUGUCGACGUAACUGGCUACGUUUACUGCGGAAACAAAGUCCAGAUAUAUGGGAAGCUCACCAUAAACGGUCACUUUGAGGUCCAGGAGAGCAUCGAAGUCUGGGGUGCCGUCACUAUCCAGGGCUUCCUGAAGUGCAAUGCGCUCACUGCAUAUGCAUCUGUUACUACUAUCGGCGACGAGUCCUGCUAUGAAGUUGUUGAGCCCGAGACCGUCUGGGGCGCCAAGAUGGUAAGGCGGACAUCAGCCGAGGCAGAAGGGAUGCAGAUCGAAGAUACGUGGGGAGCCUACUCGUAG